AUGGCCGACUCCGACGGCGAGUUUGUCGACGACAACCUGUCGGACGACCUCAUGGACCACACCAUCGAAGGUGAAGACGACGAGCCCGACGACCACCAUGCCUCGGCGAGCGGCGGCCGGCCGUCACGAUCCGGCGGCAAAUCCGGCGGCGGACGACCGAAGCGCGGCAAAAAGGACGCCGGCGGCCGCAAGAAGAACGCGGCGCAGGCGUGGGAGCAGUCGAAGCGGACGUGGGAGAUGGACCUGCCCGAGGAGGGCGAGGACGGGAUGCUGGACCUGACGACGCUCGAGGCGGAGAAGCGGCGGCGGCUGAUGCGCGACACGACGCCGCUGCAGCGCGGCAUCAUCCGGCACCUGGUGCUGGUGCUCGACAUGUCGUUCGCCAUGGCAGACAAGGACAUGCUGCCCACGCGGUACCGCCUGACGCUGCGCUACGCGGCCGCCUUUGUGCGCGAGUUCUUUGAGCAGAACCCCAUCUCCCAGCUGGGCAUCGUCGGCAUGCGCGACGGCGUGGCGGUGCGCGUCAGCGACCUCGGCGGCAACCCGGCCGAGCACCUCGAGCACCUCAAGGAGCUGGAGGGCCAGGAUCCGCAGGGGAACCCGAGUCUGCAGAAUGCGCUGGAAAUGUGCCGCGGUGCGCUAUUCCAUGCACCGUCACACGGCACGAGAGAGGUCCUCAUCAUCUACGGGGCGCUCCUGUCCAGCGACCCGGGCGACAUCCACGACACGAUAACCAGCCUGAUCUCGGACCGCAUCCGCGUGUCCAUCGUGGGCCUGUCGGCGCACCUGUCCAUCUGCGCGGAGCUGUGCUCGCGGACCAACGCGGGCGACGCGUCGCAGUACAACGUCGUCAUGGACGAGGUGCACUUCAAGGAGCUCUUCCUGGCGGCCACGACGCCGCCCAUCACGCGGACCAAGGAGCAGAGCACGCCCAGCCUGCUGAUGAUGGGCUUCCCUUCCCGCGUGCUCGCGCCCGGCGGCGCCACGAGCUACUGCGCGUGCCACAACCGGCCCUGCCGCGAGGGCUUCCUCUGCACGCGCUGCGGGAGCCGCGUCUGCCGCCUGCCCGCCGAGUGCCCGUCGUGCGCGCUGACGCUCAUCCUGUCGACGCACCUGGCGCGCUCCUACCACCACCUGUUUCCGCUCCGCAACUGGGUCGAGGUGCCGUGGACGGAGGCGGCGCGCUCGACGGCGUGCUUUGCGUGCCAGUGUCCCUUUCCCGCGCCGCCGACGACGACGCGAAAGACGACGGAGGGGGCCGCCGGCGGUGGUGUCAAUGGAGAUGUGGCGGCGUCGGCCAGAGAAGGGGACCAGCGGCCAGCGGCCAAGGGCGUGAGCGAAAGCGCGCGGUAUGCGUGCGAGGUGUGCGGAAACCACUUUUGCAUCGACUGCGACGUGUAUGCCCACGAGAUUGUGCACAACUGCCCGGGCUGCCAGAGCAACGCGCCGCCGCCGCAAGAGGACGCUGCGUAUACGAAUGGACAUGGCCUGAGCAAUGGGCAUACCAACGGCGCCAUGGUGAUUGAUGCGUGA